GGGAGAGAGCCCGGAACCCCCUGCCCGCCCCCCGGUGCCAUGGAGGCCGCCGAGGGGGGGGCGCCCCCCCCGAGCCCCCCGAGGCCCCCCCAGGUGGGGGAGGGGCAGGACGUGCUGGCGCGCUGGACGGACGGACUGCUCUACCUGGGCGUCGUCAAGAAGGUGGACGCGCCCCGCCGGGGCUGUUUGAUCCAAUUCGAGGACAAUUCCCAAUUUUUCGUUCUCUGGAAAGACAUCAGCCCCGCGGCCGUGCCCGGGGACGACCCCUCGUGCUGCGUCUGCGCCGGGAAUUCCCGAAAUCCCGAAAAUUCCCUGGUCCGGUGCGGGAAGUGCGGCCACGCGUACCACCAGCGCUGCCACGUGCCCCCCGCGCCCGGCGGCGCCGCGCCCUGGAGCUGCCGCCGCUGCGUCUUCGCCGUGGCCACCAAGCGCGGCGGCGCUCUCCGGCGCGGCCCGCAGGCGCGGGCGAUGCUGCGCAUGAAGUCGGUGCUGCCGUACGCGCUCGCCGCGCUGGACUGGGACCCGCCGCACCUGCACAACCUGCAGCACUGCUACUGCUACUGCGGCGGGCCCGGACACUGGAACCUGAAGAUGCUGCAGUGCCGCCGCUGCCGGCAGUGGUUCCACGAGGCGUGCACGCAGUGCCUGACGCGGCCGCUGCUCUACGGGGACAGGUUUUACGUGUUCGAGUGCAGUGUCUGCCGGGGCGGGGCCGAGAGCGUCCGGAGGCUGCCGCUGCGCUGGGUGGACGUGGCGCACCUGCUGCUCUACCACCUGAGCGUUUGCUGCAAGCGGAAAUAUUUCGACCUGGAGCGCGAGAUCCUGCCCUUCGCCAACUCCAACUGGGGCGCUGCGCCUCGGCACGGUGGGGAGCAAAACGGGGCCAAAACCCGGG